AUGGUUGACGGCGAGAUCCUACCGACCUUUCGUGAAGCUGCAGAGAGAAGGGGCCUGAUCGAAGCAGACAACACACUGGACGAGUGCCUUACGGAAGCCGAGUUGUUCCAGAUGCCACCAUCACUCCGAAGGCUCUUUGCAACAAUACUGGUAUUCUGUGAGCCCAGCGACAUGCGAGGACUCUGGCACAAGCACCUGGAGCCAAUGUCGGAGGACUAUUGCUGCAAUAACUCAUGCACAGUCGCUGUAGAACAGAUGGUUUUGAUAGAUAUCAGGAAUAUGCUACAAUCAAUGGGGAAGGACAUAAGGUCAUUCCCUCUUCCCGAGAUCGAUGAGUCACAUGACACGACCAACGGUGUGCCCAGGGAGAUCUUCGAGGAGUCCACCAUCGAGCUCAACGGUGAGGACGCAACUCUGUCAGACUCCCUCAACACCGAGCAGAGGGCCGCCUACGAUGAGAUUCUAUCUGCUGUUGAUAGCGACGAGGGCGGCGUGUUCUUUGUGGAUGGAUCUGGAGGCACCGGGAAGACUUUUCUGUGUAAGGCGUUGCUCGCAACAAUACGUGGGCAGAAUAAGAUUGCUGUGGCAACAGCUACGUCCGGUGUUGUAGCUUCCAUAAUGCCUGGAGGAAGAACUGCGCACUCGCGCUUCAAGAUAUCGCUGAGUAUUGACGAUGGUGCUAGCUUCACAAAACAUAGUGGGAUUGCCAAGCUUCUGCGGACGGCUUGUCUCAUUAUUUGGGACGAGGCUUCCAUGACAAAGAGACAGGCGGUGGAGGCUUUGGACAACAGCAUGCGUGAUAUAAUGAGCCGACCAGAACUGCCGUUCGGUGGGAAGACGGUUGUGUUCGGUGGAGAUUUCAGGCAGGUCCUCCCUGUUGUCCGAAAGGGGUCAAUGGAUCAGAUAAUCGAUGCGUCGCUGCGUAGGUCGUACCUUUGGGAUUGCAUGCGUCAGCUAAAGCUGGUACGCAACAUGAGGGCACAGAGCGACCCGUGGUUUGCGGAAUACCUACUGCGCAUCGGUGGUGGCACCGAGGAGGCCAAUGGUGAUGGAGACGUGCGUCUUCCUGAUGAGAUAUGCGUGUCGUAUACAGGGGAGGACACUGACCUGGAUAAACUUAUAGAUAACGUUUUUUCAAUGCUGGAUGAUAAUAUGUCGGAUCCAAACUACAUCACCUCGAGAGCUAUCUUGUCCACACGGAACGAUUGUGUGGAUAAUAUUAAUAUGAAGAUGAUCGGUCGCUUCCGAGGUGACGAGGUUGUGAACAUUGACCCCGCGAACGGACUUUGCAAUGGGACGAGGUUGGUGGUCCGGGGGUUCCAGAGAAAUGCCAUCGAUGCAGAGAUUGUGCUGGGGCAACAUGCUGGAAAGAGGGUUUUUCUGCCUCGGAUCCCCCUAUGUCCCUCUGAUGAUGAGAUGUUCCCAUUCCAGUUCAAGAGGAAGCAGUUUCCUAUCAGGCUCAGCUUCGCCAUGACAGUCAACAAGGCACAGGGGCAGACCAUCCCCAAUGUCGGCAUUUACCUGCCCGAGUCGGUGUUCUCUCACGGUCAGUUAUACGUCGCGCUAUCUAGAGCCACCGCCAGAGCGAACAUCAGGGUCCUCGCCGUCCCGUCUAAUGACAAAAAAAAGAAGUGCUCAAAGCAAAGUGGUACGUACACGAUGAACAUCGUUUACAGAGAGGUCCUUACGGCAUAUACGAGGUCUCCUCCCUUGCAUGUUUAUCACACAUAA